CCGCUCCUCUGGUAUAUUAGGGGAAAAGCUGCUCUGCCUUUAGCAAAGAUUGGGUCUUCAGCUCAUUCUCGCCAUGUCGGGAAGAGGAAAGGGCGGCAAGGGCUUAGGUAAGGGUGGCGCCAAACGACACCGCAAGGUCUUGAGGGACAACAUCCAAGGGAUCACUAAGCCAGCGAUCCGGCGCCUGGCCCGGCGUGGAGGAGUCAAGCGGAUCUCCGGCCUCAUCUACGAGGAGACCCGGGGUGUGCUGAAGGUUUUCCUGGAAAACGUCAUUCGGGAUGCGGUCACCUACACCGAGCACGCCAAGCGCAAGACGGUCACCGCCAUGGAUGUAGUGUACGCCCUCAAGCGACAGGGACGCACCCUGUAUGGCUUCGGAGGCUAAGCUACCGCUUUGGCUCCACAUUCAUAUGCCAACGGCCCUUUUUAGGGCCACCCAUCCAGUCCUCGGAAGAGCUGGGCACUUGGAUAGAACUUAAGUAACUGCUUUUGGGAGUUGGACUUGAGUCGGGUUUUAAGUUUAUGGCAGGCAGAGGUUCCUGCAGUGUUAACAGCCCUAAAGCCCGUAGUCCUUUACUAAAAACUGCCUUUCUUGUGUUCGCUUC